GGCCCGGAUGGGUCCCAGGUUGUCGUCCCCACGUCUGGGAGCCAUGGAGCCCACCGCCGGUGACUUACAGCUGGUGCCCAGGGCAACCACGGACAUCCAGGCUACAGACGCCGCACGCUGCCGAGCAACCCUCUCGGCCAUGGUGGCCACCAGCAUCGUCAUGGUCACCCUGGGAGUCCUCGUGGCCUCCCUCUCUACACAGGGUGUCAAUGUGGAGCACACAGCUGAGCUGCGAGGGAUCCGGUUUGCCCCCAGCUUGCAGCAGGAGACCUCAGACUAUUACCGCACGCUGACGCCCACUCUGGAAAUGCUGUUUGUCAGCAGCUUUCGGGAGACGGAGUUGGAGGCCAGCUGUGUGGGCUGCACGGUGCUCAGUUACUGGGAGGGCAACGCCAGCAUCCUGGUGCGUUUUCGGCUGCACUUUAUGCAGCCGGCCCUGCGGACACCGAGCCCGGGCCUGGAGGAGGAGCUGCUGCAGCGGGGACUCCGAGAGAAGCUGCAGGGCCGCGGCAUCCCCCUGGCCCCCUAUGGCACCAUCGUGUCCGCCCAGCUCACAGGCGACCAGAAGGGGCCGCUGACAGAAAGAGACUUAAAAUCAGGUCGCUGUCCAGGGAAUGCCUUUUCCUGCGGGAACAGCCAGUGUGUGACCAAGGUGAACCCCGAGUGUGAUGACACAGCGGACUGCUCUGACGGCUCCGAUGAGGCCCACUGUGACUGUGGUUUGCAGCCUGGCUGGAGGACAGCCGGCAGGAUUGUGGGCGGUGUGGAGGCAUCCCCGGGGGAGUUCCCUUGGCAAGUCAGCCUCCGGGAAAACAACGAACACUUCUGCGGGGCCGCCAUCAUUGGCGCCAGGUGGCUGGUGUCUGCUGCCCACUGCUUCAAUGAGUUCCAAGACCCCACCGAGUGGGUGGCUUACGCGGGCAGCACCUACCUCAGCGGCUCGGAGGCCAGCACGGUGCGGGCCCGAGUGGCCCAGAUCAUCACGCACCCCUUCUACAACUCUGACACGGCCGACUUCGACGUGGCGGUGCUCGAGCUGGGUGGCCCCCUGCCCUUCAGCAGGCAUGUGCAGCCUGUGUGCCUCCCGGCCGCCGUGCACGUCUUCCCGCCCAGGAAGAAGUGUCUGAUCUCGGGCUGGGGCUACCUCAAGGAGGAUUUCCUGGUCAAGCCGGAGAUGCUGCAGAAAGCCACCGUGGAGCUGCUGGAUCAGGCCCUGUGCGCCAGCCUGUAUGGCCACUCGCUCACCGACAGGAUGCUGUGUGCCGGCUACCUGGAUGGGAAGGUGGAUUCCUGCCAGGGCGACUCGGGGGGCCCCCUGGUCUGCGAGGAGCCCUCCGGAAGGUUCUUCCUGGCUGGCAUCGUGAGCUGGGGAAUCGGCUGUGCAGAAGCCCGGCAUCCGGGGGUGUACGCCCGAGUGACCAGGCUGCGUGACUGGAUCCUGGAGGCCAUUGCCGCUGCGAGCAAGCCUCCGGCCCCCACGGCGGCUCCUGCCCCAGCCAUCCCCAGCACCGCCUGGCCCACCAGCCCCCAGAGCCCGGUGGUCAACACACCCACCAGACCCACGCUGGCCCCCAGCGCCGUGCCUCUCGACUCAGCCACUGCUUCUAAGCCACAAGAGUGCGGGGCCAGGCCGGCGCUGGAGAAGCCCACCCGGAUCGUGGGCGGGUUCGGGGCCGCCUCCGGGGAGGUGCCCUGGCAGGUCAGCCUGAAGGAGGGUUCUCGGCACUUCUGUGGAGCCACCGUGGUGGGGGACCGCUGGCUGCUGUCUGCCGCCCACUGCUUCAACCACACGAAGGUGGAGCUGGUGUGGGCCCACCUGGGCACCGCGUCCCUCUCGGGCGUCGGCGGGAGCCCCGUGAAGAUGGGGCUCAGGCGGGCGGUGCUGCACCCCCAGUACAAUCCCAGCAUCCUGGACUUCGACGUGGCCGUGCUGGAGCUGGCCAGGCCCCUGGUCUUCAACAAGUACGUGCAGCCUGUCUGCCUGCCCCUGGCCAUCCAGAAGUUCCCCGUGGGCCGCAAGUGCGUGAUCUCUGGAUGGGGCAACACGCAGGAGGGAAACGCCACCAAGCCUGACCUCCUGCAGCGGGCAUCCGUGGGCAUCAUAGACCAGAAGGCAUGCAGUGCCCUCUACAACUUCUCGCUCACGGACAGGAUGAUCUGUGCGGGGUUCCUGGAGGGCAAGGUUGACUCCUGCCAGGGUGACUCUGGGGGACCCCUGGCCUGUGAGGAGACGCCUGGCGUGUUCUAUCUGGCGGGGAUCGUGAGCUGGGGCAUCGGCUGUGCUCAGGCCAGGAAGCCGGGCGUGUACACCCGAAUCACCCGGCUCAAGGGCUGGAUCCUGGACAUCAUGUCCUCCCACUCCCUCGCCACGCCCCCGCCGUCCACCACGAGGACGCCCACCAGCAGUCACCCUGCCAGGACGACGGCUGGCCUCACGGUCCUGGGGGUCGUGGCCAGCAGACCCACCCCCUGGGCCACCAGCAGGGUGACCAGCCAACCUGCCAACAGGACCACCACCACCAGGGGACAGACACCACCUCCACAUGCCACGGAGACCACCGUGGGCUCCCAGCCGCCAGACUGCGGCCUGGCGCCGGCAGCAGCGCUGACCAGGAUCGUGGGCGGCAGCGCCGCGGGCCGCGGGGAGUGGCCGUGGCAGGUGAGCCUGUGGCUGCGGCGGCGGGAGCACCGCUGCGGGGCCGUGCUGGUGGCCGAGAGGUGGCUGCUGUCGGCGGCGCACUGCUUCGACGUCUACGGGGACCCCAAGCAGUGGGCGGCCUUCCUGGGCACGCCGUUCCUGAGCGGCGCCGAGGGGCAGCUGGAGCGCGUGGCGCGCAUCCACAAGCACCCCUUCUACAACCUCUACACGCUGGACUACGACGUGGCGCUGCUGGAGCUGGCGGGGCCCGUGCGCCGCAGCCGCCUGGUGCGGCCCAUCUGCCUGCCCGACCCCGCGCCUCGGCCCCCCGACGGCGCGCGCUGCGUCAUCACCGGCUGGGGCUCCGUGCGCGAGGGAGGCUCGACGGCGCGGCAGCUGCAGAAGGCGGCCGUGCGCCUCCUCAGUGAGCAGACGUGCCGCCGCUUCUACCCGGUGCAGAUCAGCAGCCGCAUGCUGUGCGCGGGCUUCCCGCAGGGCGGAGUGGACAGCUGCUCGGGUGACGCUGGGGGACCCCUGGCCUGCAGGGAGCCCUCUGGCCGCUGGGUGCUAACUGGGAUCACCAGCUGGGGUUACGGCUGUGGGCGACCCCAGUUCCCGGGCGUCUACACCCGGGUGGCUGCUGUGAGAGGUUGGAUCGGGCAGAACAUCCAAGAGUGACCGCCACACGGCUGCCCAGGCCUGGGACCCGCGACGUGAAGGUGGCAGGAACCAGCCGGCCACCCUUCCAGAGAAGGGGGUCCAGGUGGCAGGCGGGGGGUG